CGAGAGGGGUAGCGCUGCAGCCAAUGGGAGGCGCUGGGUGCGGGUACCGGGGAGCUCUCAGUCCGGCUGCGGGAUGGAGCGGAGUGGGGAGGCCGGUUCCCUGGGGCUGCCCCGGGCCUUUCUGCUCAGUCUCCGCACGCUGUUCGAUAUCCUGGAUGACCGGCGGAGGGGCUCGGUGCAUAUCGCGGAGAUAGAGAGCCGCUGGCAGGGAGCGGAGACCCGGGAUCUCCCCCCAGGGGUGCUGCAGUGCCUGCGGAGGGUCGCUCCCCCGGAUGGGUACCUUACCUUCGAUCGCUUCGUACUGGGGCUCCGGGCUUCCAUGCUCCGGCCGCCGGGGGGCAACGCUGAGAACUACCGGGAGCCGGGGUGCCAACCUGCCGCCAAGGGGUGUGGGUGCAAGCCUCCUCCUCUGGGGGUGCGGUACCCCAAUGUGCAGCAGGGUGGGGAGGCGAAAGGAAUGUGCCGGUCCCGCAGCGAGGCCUCCAGGGAGGGACUGACGGACCAGUGCAAGCACCAGCGGGGCCGGGGGGAGCCCCGGAGACACACCAUUACUAACGGGGUAGAUUACGGCUUGCUGAAGAAGAUGAAGGAACUUGAGCAAGAGAAGGAUUUCCUCCUACAGGGACUGGAGAUGGUGGAACGGGCCCGGGACUGGUACCUACAGCAGGUCCAGGUGGUACAGGAGCAGCAGCGCAACCUGGGCAAGAGCCCAACAGAUUAUUUCUGUGAGGGAAAGUCCAGUUCCCUAAACCUGAGACUCCCCAAAUUACAGGAAGUGAAUCGGUGCCUGGGGGAGCUCAUUGCCGCCGGAAAGCAGAGUAGCGCCCCCUGCCCAUCUACACACGCAGGGCCGGCGCCGGCGCCACCGGGUCAGCAAGCUGUGACCAUGCUGAAGGAACAGAACCGGCUUCUCACCAAGGAGGUGUCGGAGAAGAGCGACCGGAUCACCCAAUUGGAGCAGGAGAAGUCGGCGCUGAUCAAGCAGCUUUUCGAGGCGCGGGCUCGGGGCGCCCCAGAGUCCAACCCCAUGGACUCCACCUUCAUAUGAACCGCUGCCGGCGCUCUGAUUGGUGGAAAGGGCCCCAUGGACUCCACCUUCAUAUGAACCGCUGCCGGCUCUCUGAUUGGUGGAAAGGGCCCCAUGGACUCCACCUUUAUAUGAACCGCUGCCGGCGCUCUGAUUGGUGGAAAGGGCCCCAUGGACUCCACCUUUAUAUGAACCGCUACCGGCGCUCUGAUUGGUGGAAAGGGCCCCAUGGACUCCACCUUUAUAUGAACCGCUACCGGCGCUCUGAUUGGUGGAAAGGGCCCCAUGGACUCCACCUUUAUAUGAACCGCUACCGGCGCUCUGAUUGGUGGAAAGGGCCCCAUGGACUCCACCUUUAUAUGAACCGCUGCCGGCUCUCUGAUUGGUGGAAAGGACUGUAACUGGUGACUUUUGAUUGGUUGUUGAGUGAUCCACUCAUUACACUCCCAUGAUGCACAGCGUACCCCCCCCCCCCAAGGAAGCACCUCCCCCUUCGUACGAUGUUGGCGCCAUGCCCAUUACAUUCAGCGGUACGGCACGUGGGCUAGCGCUUUCCUUACACCGUCGCACUCCAAUUGGCUACCCUCCCCGGGGCAAACCAUUCUCAUUAUAGGGAGAGAUUUUAUACAUUGUUUACACUUUUUUUUUUAAUUAGAUGAAUCCGCGUUAUUAAAGCGCAGGCGGAAAUGAGUGGGCGGGGCUUCACUUUGCACAGAAGAACCAGGAAACGCCCCGAUUGUGUUUACUGACUUCUAACAACCAACCGCUGUUCGUGGAUUCUACGGUGCCCCCUAUGGGUCAAACCGCACAAAGGUUGUUAUUAGUAGCUUUGUUCUUUUAGAUUUUGUCUAAUUUAAUAUCUUUUCAUUGGAA